UGCUGCUUUAGGUAAAAACAAUGGUUUAAACAUUGAAAUAGCAAUAAUAAUAACAUAUUAUAAUAAUAUAUUAUAGUAAUAGUUAUUAAUUGUCUAAGUACAUUUAUAAUAAACUAUAAACUUAACUUAACUUUUUUUUAAAUUAUAUUGUAUUAAGGAAUACGAGGUGCUAUAACUAAACUGCCGCUGCGGAGCAAUCCGAUUUUGGGUCGGGCUACUGCUAAUGUGCCGAGAUAUCAAUUUUAUAAAGAUUUUUGGGAAAGAAAAAGGACAUUUCCUAUGGGUCCGCCAUCAGGUCCUCCUCCAAAUGUAAAGAGAAGACUAAUAACGUCAAAUUCCAAGCUAGACUCAUCAACGAGCUCCAAAGCACCGCGAGUGUUAGCGAAUGAUUCAAGUGCUAUGGACUCACUCUUAUCCACUCCAAAGAAUCGUCCAACAGCAAUACGAUAUAUUAGUAGCAGCAGUCGGGGAGUCUUCAGUGGAAAUCGGUCUGCAAGAUCCGCCAGUACAUCUAUGGUAGAAGCCAGUGUUAUACUAGCAAUAUCCGAAGGUCGUGGUAAGGCUCGCGGUGAGAUAGGUAUGGCCGCGGUGGACCUACGACACCCACACUUAGUACUUUGCCAAUUCAGUGACACAUUAUUGUAUACGCACACAUUGACAAAGAUAAAUUACUUCAAUCCUAUUGAGAUUAUAGUACCGCAUACAUUUUGCGAAGGGGCCCAGCCUAACCAGCUUUAUCAGCUGAUCAAAGACCAAUAUCCAUUGAUAACUGUCACGGCAGUGCAAAGAAGGCAUUACAAUGAUUCCAAUGGACGUCAACAAAUACAAUCUCUGUGUGCGCCGCAAUAUAGUGCGGUUUAUCUUCAAGUGCUUCAUAAGUAUGGAAUUUUAUCAGUAUGCCAAAAAUCUCCGUCGCACAAUUUGUCACGUUUUCUUCAAUGUGUAGCAAACUUGGCCAAGAUAAAUAUGUGGCUCUGUAUCUCGUGUGUCAGUGACACGCCAGCAGGUUUGCUUCUUGUCCAAGAAAUACUUCCUCUUAGUAUUCGACAUUGUUUCAGGUUCUAUGCGUUAACAGCAGCCGCGGCUGUACUUAAAUACGUAGAAUAUAUCCAAUGCAUAGUUUUUGCUAGGGAAUCAUUAAAAGUAGCAUAUCAUUCCUCGGAGGACACCAUGAUGAUCGAUGUUGGCACCGCAACUCAGCUGGAACUUGUCCAACCAUUGCUACCAUCAGCUGGGCCCACUUGUUGUCUUCUUGGUGUACUAGGCCCCACAUAUACCGUGGGCGGUAUUAGGGCAUUGCGAGCGGGUAUUCUGCAACCUUCGUGUAAGAAAGAGUUUAUUGAAGCAAGGCUAGAUGCGGUGCAAGAGCUGAUGGAGAAUGAUUCGGGCAUAAUGACAAGUUUGCAAGACUUCGAAAAUCCGCAUUACAAAGAAAUAGCGGACAGAAUACGAAGCAUUCUGCUAGACGACGCACACCUAGAAAAGGGUGCCAUGGGAAGUCUACAAAGAUGCUUCGCGAUAAAGCCAGAAAUAAAUGGCCUUCUAGAUGUGGCAAGAAGAACAUACUCCGAAUUAAUUGAUGAUAUACAAAAAAUCGUUGAACAACUAAGUGAGACUUAUGAUCUACCAAUUCGGUUGACUCAAAAUGUUAUGAAAGGCUUUCAUAUCGCAAUGCCUGUGUCUCCUAAAAAUCGUAGAAGUUUCAAUGUUGCUGAUUUGCCAUCAAUUUUUAUACAGGUACAUUUCAACGGAGCUAGUGUAAGUAUGACGACAGAGGAACUGGUAGUUCUCGACCAUCAGGCAAAAGAGGCUCUUAAUGAAAUACAAAAAAUGAUUAUUACUGCAUUACUAAAAGACCUAAGACCAUUCAUGGCUAGUCUUUACAAGCUUUGUGAAAUCGUUGCCGAGUUGGAUAUCUUAAUUGCAUUGGCGCAGAUUAGUUCAGUAGGCUCAUAUAUACGACCAGAAUUCAGUGAUUAUUUGGAUAUAAGGAAUAGUGUACACCCACUAUUAGACUAUAAUAGCCAAGUGAUGCCGGUUCCUAAUGAUGUUUUCGCAAGCCCCGAAUACAAUUUCAGGAUCAUAACAGGACCUAACAUGGGUGGAAAGACUAUUUAUAUCAAGCAGAUUGCGAUUAUGCAAGUCAUGUCACAAUUGGGUUGUUACAUACCAGCAACAAAUGCAGUUUUGAGACUUUGCGAUCGUAUUUUCUCUAGGAUUGGAUUUAAUGAUAGCGUAGAGUUAAAUGCUUCUACAUAUGUGAUUGAAAUGAAAGAAAUUCAACACAUACUUAAAGGUAUUACGCGAUCGAGUUUAGUCAUCAUAGACGAAUUAUGCAGGGGCACAUGUAUAGAAGAAGGGGCAAGUAUAGCAUGGGCUAUUUGCGAAGAACUUAUACUAAGCGAAGCUUUUACAUUUUUUACUACACAUUUUCUGUACCUAACACGACUUGAAGAUUUGUACUUCAAUGUAGUGAAUCGUCACACGGCAGUUGCAGAAGAGACUGUUGGAACGGAAAAUACUCAAAAAAGACUUGUUUAUCAACACAAAAUAGAAGCUGGUGUCACUAAGAUAGGCCAUUAUGGUUUAGCCUUAGCUGAGAAAACCAGUUUACCAGAACAAACUAUAAAUUUAGCUAAGGAAUUAGCAGAAUUAAUCGCAAGUCGGAGAAAGCCACAAAAACAUUCACUGCAUGCUAAGAGCGAUGAUCGCUGUUUGUAUGAAAUUAAUGCGAGGAUAGCACAGGAGUUAAGAAUAAACCAAAGUUCUGCUAAUAUUAAAAAUAUUCUAGAGAAAUUUAAAUCCGAUAACCCUCACAUUAUAGAUAAUCUGCGCGAAGAAAAUAGUAAAAGUACGUCGUACAGCAAGGGGCAAACAACUACAAAUACCAAUAAUAAUUUUUCUGAAAGCAAUAUAUUCAACGAUACAACAACGCGGACCGACUGUAAUUUGAUGAAAAAUCUUAGUACAGAAGUGACAAAGACAAAUGAUGCAGAGGAACAAAUACAUGAUUUUGGAAAUAGAUACACUGCAGUAAAGUCAUCCAAAGAAUUACUAAACCCUUUUUUGAGUUCGAAUAAUUUAGAGUCGGACAACAUUUCUGAAAUUGCAAUGGAACAUAGCCAAACCCAAGAUAAUAUAAAAUUUAGUAAUGAAACAAAUAAUGCAAAAGAUAAUUUUGAGAAUAGUAAUAGCGAUCCAAAAACAAUUGAAAACAGUUAUUCCGCUUUGGAUAAUACUAAUCCAAACAAUAGUUUCGAUCCCACAGAUAAUAAUGGAAUUAGUAAAGAUGAUGAUAGCGAUUCGGAAAUUGCAAUAGCUUUAACUCAAGUAAUUCCGGAAAAUUCCGGUUCACAAAGUAGCGACAUCUUGUCGUCCGAGGAAGAAUUAUUCAUGGAAACUGUAAAUGAAAUAAAAGAAUCUAUGAACAAUAUAGAUUUAGAAAGGUGUAUUCUAACACCGCCUGAUGGUUUCCGAGAUGACUAAAUGUAAGACUUUCGUUUCGAAGAAGUCGAUGAAAUACAACAAUAUAUGUUAGUUCAUCCAUUUAAUUCAAUAUCUUAUGCGAAAUAUAUACUAUUGCCAAACGAAAUACAUUAUAUCAUAGAUUUUUUGCCUGUACCUAUAGUUAAAAGUUUCACUAGACAACUCAAUAAGUAACGAAAUCACGUAUCUCUAGGUAUUACACAAAUAUUAGUUUUUAUUCGAAACAAUCUUUAAUUUAUUCGCAUGAUUAAAUGGUACAUCAGAAAAAUAUAAACAUAUCGUCAAUAAUUGAUUAGCUAAUAUGAUAUCAACCCCGAA